AUGGGCAAUACGGUCACAAAGGCGCGAGAGGCACACGCUCAGGCCAAGAGCAAACCGAAGAAUACUCGCGACGUCCGGCAGCAGAAGAUUAAGCUCGCUAGUACGACGGGCGUCCUAGCGCUGCCAAAUAGUAGACUGAAGAAACUUCCCGAUGAGGUCCUGCAGCUGUUUAAAUUGCGCACUUUGGACGUUACGGGCAAUCAACUGAGUGAACUGCCACCGCAAAUAAGCGCGCUGACGGUAUUGAAGACGCUUAAACUGUCUUUAAACGCAUUCGAGACGUUGCCGGAUCUAUCGGAACUGAAGGCACUCACGACGCUCGUGCUAGAUAGUAACGUGCUCGUCGAUAUCCCCAAUGCUUUACCACCCAAUCUGACCAAGCUCACCUUGAAGAACAACCAACUUCGUGUCAUACCUCCCAGUGUACUGCAACUCACACAAUUACAAGAACUGGACGUGCCGGACAAUGUUUUGGAAACUUUAUCUCCACACUUGGGCAAGAUGCAGGAGCUACAGGAACUCAAUGUAGACGGCAACAAGUUGACGGAACUACCGGCUUUUUUGGCUAAAUGUGGCAAGCUCAAGGUGCUCUCGGCACGCGGGAACCUGCUGGUAGGGAGAUCAGCUGGUGCAAAGGUGCAGCCUAUAGCUGCUGAGCUGCUGCGAGAAGGCGUGGCUGUUCAGGUGAUGCACUUAGAAGGCAACCCGAUGACGAAGGAGGAUCUGCAGGAAAUGGACGGCUUCAAUGAGUUCCUCGUUCGACGCACGAAGCUCAAGAAUAAGGAAAUCCACGGUGGUCUGAACUCGGAUUUGAGCCUCUGCGGGCUUGAAUGA